AUGGAUCCCUAUGACUUACGAGGAUCGACUUCUAGACGAAGGACCACAAAUCUUAAAGAUUACGCUGUAGGUGCCACCCCUCUGCAGAAACGACUGGAAUUCGUCAGGAGGCAGAGUUCAUACUUUCCAAGUCCAUCUCAAAGGAAAAUUCCCCAGUGUUCACAGUUGCAGGAAGAUGUCGAUCCUCAGAAAGUUGCAUUUCUCCUGCACAAACAGUGGACGGUAUAUAGUCUAACUCCCCUGUACAAAUUCUCCUAUGCUAAUCUUAGAGAAUAUUCUAGACUUUUGAGUGCAUUUAUUGCUGCUGAAAAACAAAAAGGACUUGCUGUGGAAGUGGGGGAAGACUUCAACAUCAAAGUGAGUUUCUCCACUCUGCUUGGAGUGAAAGGAACACAAAGAGACGCCGACGCCUUGCUUGUCCAGAUUCUCUCAAAAUCUCAGUCAUCUCGUGAACACAGAGAAGGCAAAGUGUUGUGGACUGGUUGGUUCUGCUGUGUAUUUGGAGAGAGUCUCCUGGAGACUGUCUCAGAAGACUUCACCUGUCUACCCUUAUUCCUUGUGAACGGAGCAGAGUCCAAUACAUCCUUAGUCGGAAGCUGGUUUCAGAAAACCUUUGACUGUUGCUUCAGCCCAUUAGCAAUCAGUGCAUUUAACCUUUCCUGGAUGGCUGCUAUGUGGACUGCAUGCAAAAUGGACUGUUACACGGCUACUACUGAGUUUUUUUGGUCUGUGCCCUGCAGCCCUCAAAGCCUGGAUAUUUCUUAUGCAAUACACCCAGAGGACGCAAAAGCUUUAUGGGACAGUGUCCACAAAACACCUGGGGAGGUUACCCAGGAUGAAGUUGACUUAUUUAUGGACUGCCUUUAUUCACAUUUCCAUAGGCAUUUCAAAAUUCACUUAUCAGCCACAAGACUGGUUCGUGUCUCAACAUCUGUAGCUUCAGCACAUACUGAUGGGAAAAUAAAGAUUCUGUGUCAUAAAUACCUUACCGGUGUGCUGGCAUAUAUGACAGAACUGGCAAUUUUUCAAAUUGAGUGAAUUCCUGUAUGGAC